AUGUUUUACUCACACCAGCUUCUAGCUCGCAAAGCACCUCUUGGCCAGAUAUGGAUGGCUGCAACCAUGCAUGCGAAGAUCAACCGAAAGAAGCUCAAUAAGCUCAACAUCAUCCGUAUCUGUGAAGAGAUUUUGAAUCCCUCAGUGCCUAUGGCUCUUAGACUCUCUGGAAUUCUCAUGGGUGGAGUUGUUAUUGUCUUUGAACGAAAAGUGAAGCUCCUCUAUGAUGAUGUAACCCGCCUGCUGGUUGAAAUAAACGAAGCAUGGAAAGUGAAGGUAGCCCCAGACCCCACUGUCCUUCCUAAGGGAAAAUCACAGGCCAGGAAAGAGGCAGUGACUUUACCAGAGAACCAAGAAACAGAUGUGGGAGAAAUUGAGCAAUCCCUUAAUUACUCCAAUGCUGCAACCACCACCAUGGGUUUUCAACAAACAGCUUACUUCACCAUGCGGCUUGACAAUGUGGAUGAACCGUUUGUUAACAGUGAUACCAGGGAGGGAGAUGCAUCCCAUCACUUACAUCAAGCUGAUGCCGACAACAUCACGCUAUUUGAACGUUUUGAUUCAUACCAGGCUGAUGGUGAUGCGUACAAUCGCUUUGAAAGAUUUGAUAUUGAAGGGGAUGAGGAGACACAGGUGAACUUCGCUUCAGCAGACCAUAUGGAUAUCCCAACUACUCUCAUACCCUCCCCACAUGAACAAGACGAAGCUCAAAGAGCUGAAGAAAACCGAGACCAUCAUCCAGAAUUCCAAGUCAAUCAACAAUCUAAUGAAUGCAAGGGAGCCAGACAGGAUCAGCAGAAGCAAAGGCCAAUUAAAAGGAAAACAAGAAGACAAGCAACAACUACCGUUGAUUAUGAACAAACCAUUAUUCCAGGUCAUGUAUACCAGUCAUGGAUUCAAAAUGCUUCUGACAUUGUCUCAAGGAGAGGAAGAAAAAGGAAGGCACACAUGGGUAUUAUGUCCACUACAAAAAUAUCUAACCUCAUGGAGCUCCCACCUACUGUUCUUAUUGAUGAUAAAGGAAAUAGAGAAUUCUAUUAUCCAGCUCCCCUUCUGGAACUUUGGACCAAAAGUACCCGACCUCCUCAUGACUCCCCUUCUGAAGAAAGGACUUCUGCACCACUGCCACCAGAACCAUCAAAAUCGUCACCACCAGGCAGAGUAAAUUAUCAAGAUCCAGUUGGAUAUACCAUUGAUGAUGUUCAUAGUGGAGUUGGCUCUCAGUCACUGGGCACUUCGAUAGAGAAGAUGAGAACAAACGUUGUGAAUGAUGAGGUAUCCAUGGAUAUCCUCAUGGAAGAACUAAAAGCCAACCUGAGGAACAAUGGUGUGAGGAUGACUGAAGCCACUAUGGCAACACCUAGGAAUUCUGGAGAUGGAGUGGGGUCCAUUCCAAGCUCUGGAUCAGGACAUGGCAUUCCACCACAUUAUUUGGAAGUCAAUUUAGGACGAUCAAGUAAGAAAGGACGUCAUUCCUCGUCCAGACACAGUGGCAGUAGUCUUGAGACAGUAGUUGAAGAGGAUCCUUGGCGGUUUGCUGAUCCAAAUUUUGAGCUAUCAAGGCUGUCUGAGAAUGGCCCAACACCUGAUCAAGAACUGUUGGUUGAAACUGGACCUACACAAACCCAACAUCUGAUUGUUGGUCAGCCUGUUGACAAGAUAGCUGAUUCUAUCCGAAUGCAAAUGAAAACGCAUUUUGAAACGCCAGGAGCCCCUCAAGUAGAAUCCCUGAACAACCUGGCUGCCGGGAUGAACACAAAAGCAGCAGCUAUGCUGUUCUAUCAAACUUGUGUUCUCGCGUCACGUGAUUUCCUAAGAGUUGAACAAAAGGUGCCUUAUGGGGAUAUUCUCAUCUCUAAAGGAGCCAAGAUGCAUUAAUAGGUCAUCAUCUUCUUACUGUUUUAUCGGAGAGCAGGAGUUCACAUUCCUGUGAGAUUCGCCAACUGGUAAGAUAGUAUAAAUAGCGAAGGAAUCUCCUCUCUUCUCAGGACAGUUUUUAUAGUAUUAAACUGUUCUGGACUCUAAUGUAAUCAGGAUUUUACUCUUCUUCCUUGCAUUAUAAACAUGUUGUAUGCAUGUUUUUCCCAAUAUUUUAUAACUACUGAGUUUAGAUCGGCGAUUGGGGUUCCCUGUGCUCUUUUCCUCACAAUGGAUCAAAAACUAUAUUUCUCCCAUGCACACGGAGAUUUAAGACAU